CAGGGUCUCAAGUCCAGAAUCACCAGCUUGGACUGAUAAGUAAUUCACACACUGAACUCACUCCAUAAAUGAUCAGCUUCCUUCUUUUAUACAUCAAGUUUCUUUUGGCAGGUUAAAACAAAUGGCAUUUACAAGAUUGAUCCGGUCAAGAUUGAUCCAGUCAGUAGUUUUUCAAAGGCAGCUCCAUGUCAUCUCAAGAUCAUCCACCAACAUCAAACCAGCUUCUCCAACUCCCUCGAAGCUCAACCGAUACAACAUUCCUUUAUAUGAUCGCAUGGCUGCAGAUGCUCAUAUGCCGUUGCUUUUAUUGUAUCCCAGCUACAACUCUGAUCAUAGUCUCAAACUGAUUCCAGAUGAUGCAUCAUUGUCAGAUCUUCUGAAGAAGUCUUUGUCAGAGACACUGUCUAAGUAUUACCCGUUUGCUGGAAGGCUACGCUCUGGAUCCUACGUUGAGUGCAACGAUGAAGGGGUUCAUUUUGUUGAAGCUGAAAUUGGAUGCAAGUUGUCAGAAGUUCUGGAAAAAGCUCCUGUUAAGGAAGAAGAAGAAGGCUUAGGCCAUCUCUUUCCGGCUUGCACAAUUUGGAAUCAUUCAUCUAAGAUGUAUCCUGGUGUCGUAAUGCACGUUCAGCUUAGCCAUUUUACUUGUGGAGGAGUAGCCAUUGCAGUUACCCUUCAUCACCAUCUCGGAGAUGCUCUUACUCUGUGCUCAUUUCUAAGGUACUGGGCAAAUUUGUCACUCCACUCCGGUGACCACAAGAAGUUAUUACAUCUCUGUCCGCGUUUGGUGAAUGAGCUGCUGCCUCCCUCUGAUGAUGAUUCAAUCAAAAAUAUUUCAUAUCCUGAUAAGAAUUGGACCACUAAGGAGGUGGUAUUUCCCAACAGAAAGCUAGCAGAACUGAAGGUGGUUGUAGGAAAUGAAGACAAGCUCGAUGGCAUUGCAGAAGAUCAAAAAUACACCCGCAAUGAGCUCCUGACUGCACUCCUUUACAGAUGUCUUGUAGCAGCGGUAGCUGAGACUAAUACAGGAGCGGACAAAGGAUCAGUUCUGAUUAGAGGUGUAAACGUAAGGCCUAUGCUUGAUCCGCCAUUGCCAGAAACAAGUGUGGGGAAUAUUGUAACUGUAAACUACAUUCCAACAAGCACAGAGAGUGAGACCAAGUACAGAACGCUGGUGGCGCGGAUGAGGGAAGAGAAGAGGCGGCUCAGAGGAAUCAAAAAUUUAGAUGGACAUGAACUGGGACCAAAGUUAGUUGAGUUCAGUAAAAAUAACUACAGGUUCUUCAUUAUCAGCAGCAUAUGUAAUUUUCCAAUAUAUGAGGCGACGGAUUUCGGGUGGGGAAAGCCGAUCAAAGCCAUUCUUGUUGACACGGGGAUGGUCGAUAUCAUUUCUUUGAUGGAUACUGCGAAUGACGAAAUUAGAGCUGUUGUAGGAUUGGGAGAGCAGGAUAUGAAAAAUUUUCUAGCACAGAAAGAGCUGCUUACUUAUGGUUCUUUUAAAUAGUUUGUUGAUGCCCCAUUACUCUCAAAAUAAGAAAGGAGCUGUUUGCUUAUGCUUCUUAUCAUAUCCAACUCUGUUUCUGAAGUGUUUACAGUUUUAAAAUAUCGUUUUCAACUUCCCA